AUGGAAACCUGUUCAGCAGAUAGUGAAAUGCUAGGAAGGCUACCACCAAAAUCUCAUCAAAACAAUGACAUCAGAACGUCAAAACUUGCGUGAUUCAGCGCCGAAGAUCCUUAUUUCUGCAAGUAUGAUUUUGAAACUUGACAAGAAACUUCUUAUCGACACGAUUUUAAUAUUUAUUAUACUAUGUGUAUGUGCCCUAUACCUGGCAAUAAGCUUUUUGGGUUAAGUCACAGCUAUGAUUCCGAAAAAAGCAGCUGCUCUGUUUUUAUUAUAGAUGAAGAAAAAAUCAAUAUUCAAUUCAUUCAAAACUUUAGCGUUCCAUUAACUUUAUCACAAAGACACAAAGUAGAAAUUGUUUUUUUAAAAGAUGAAGAAAAUGUUCUCAACACGUUUCUUAGAGUGAUAAGACAAACAGAAGGCGUUGGAACUUAUUAUAACAAUUUUGUUUAUAUAUUAUUGGAAGAUAUAAUAGGGUUUGAUCUGAUUAAUCAAAGAUGGCAUACAAUAGUUAAAAGUGAAGAACAUCAUUAUUGAUGCUCUUCUCUAUCAUUUAAUAACUUGAUAUUGGCUUUGGAAUAUGAAAGAGAAGAAAUCUAUAUUAUAGACCUUGCAACUUUAUCAGUUUCUUCACACUCUCUGCCUCUUACAAAAGAUAGUGAAAAAAUCCUUUUCAAAUUUGAAAACCUUGUGUAUUUAGUUGAUUUUCAUGGGAUAUUACUAGAAAGCUCUAUAGAUGACUCUUUUAAUUGGAAGAUUAUAAAAUAUUUCGAAUCUGCAUAUAGUGACAGUCCUUAUUUCUAUAACGCAUUUUGUAAUAAUUGCUGAUACAUGAUAAUCGGUGAUUUGCGUAUUUAUAGAUUCGACUUAGAUAAAAAGAAGCUUAAAGAGCUUGAUUUGGAACUUGAGCAAAGCAUUUAA